AACUAACAAGUAGAAGACGACGAAAAACAAAGACACUAAAAACCACACCACUAAAGGAAUUCGGUUACAAAUUAUUUACAGCUCACGUAUCCGGUUUAGCGGCACACGUUUAAUCUUUUCUUCUACUUUUUUCCCUCCUCCUCGAAAAUGAAGUGGCCCUUGUUACGCCGAAAAAGGCAAACAUUCAAAAAGAGGAGGGUUAGUUUUCAAGUGAUAACUCGAGGGUAAAUAUUUUAACACUGUCGCCGCGGGAUGUGUGUUCUUUUCAGUGGCUUGGAAAAGAUUAAGAUUAUUGCUCGCGGAAACAUUUUUAUGGGGUACGGUUGUAAAACAAUCGCCGCAUUUGUAAACAAUCGGGAAAGUUAGAAUUGUGUGGUGUGAACGAGAUAAUUGUCGAUUUGAAAGGAGAAAGCUCGUCAAAAAUAAAUGAGAUCUUUGGUUCGUGUUUACGGUCUUGUCUCGGAUAAGAGGGAUAAAUCACUUUUAUUUUGUGCCUUCGAAAAGCUUCGAAGAAUAGUUACAGAAACCUUGAGACGUCUCUGAGACGGAUUCAAUUUCACGGGACGCCCAAAGGCUCUCCUCUCUGCAUAAAUGUCCGAGAGACGAAGAGGUGAUUUAAUUGAAUGGUGGACAAUGGCUAUUUUACGAGUCACGACUCGUCUUCUUCUGCGAAAUAUUCACUGAGAGUAGACAAACUUUAUUCUUCUUAUUUCCUAACACACGAUUUCACCUUUUCUGUUUACACUUUCGAUAUUGAAAAGAUAGAAGAAGAAUUUCACAUUGUUACCUAAACUUUAAAUUAAACAUUUAAACUUUUCUUAAAAUGACAGAAACGUCAUUUUGAAAUUUGAUUGAUUUAGUCAAUCUAUGUCAACAUCGCAAUGUUACAUGCGACACUCACAUGAUAUAAAAAUGAUUCGAUCUUCACCAUAAGAAAAAAUUUGCUAAUGCCAAUUAAUUGUUCAGGUGUAUUAAGCCACCUUGGCAUUCGUUCUAAAAAAUGUCAACAUGAAUGUAAAGACGACAAACAGGAAAAGAAUCAGGAAAAAAAGAGUUUACAUCACCUAAUAAAAAGUCCGUUCCAUAAAAAUAAAAUGGUUUGCAGUGAAGACUGCGAGGGAAGUAGCGAAGAACCAUGCGGUGGACACCGCGAUCCAGAUUCCGAUCAAAUUUCACACGAAAGCGAAAAAAAAGACAAUGAUAAAACAUUUAGGAGUGGUUUAUUCGGGACAAGAAGAAAAAUGUGUCUUAAAGAAUGUACUGGACAAUUAAAUGGGCAACAACAACAACAUGACGAACAUAAAGCAUCAAGAUGUAGUUUAUUCGGGGUAAUAAAAAAAAAUUUUACUGGACAACCAGAAGAUGAAUCGCAUCAUAAGAGCCAUAAAUUUAAAGAAGAUAGAAAGACAUUUUUGCAUAAAAAAGGACAAUGUAAAGAAGAUUGUAAAGGUACUGAAAUACCAUGUAGUCUUCUUGAUGAUAAUGAUCAAAAUAAUGAAAAUGAAUCAAAGUCAGUGAUACUUCAUCAACUUCCUCUAAAAAUAAAAAGAAGUUAAAGAAUAAUGCGGAAGUACGAACUGUAAGUUCAACGUCUGAUUCUUCACAAAAGAAGUCAAAAAAGAAGUCUAGCAAAAAGUCUGCUUCUAGUAGCGAACAAGAUGCAGUUUUAAAUGACAACAAAGAAAAUGAUAAUACUUUGAAAGAAAACUCUCCAACACAAUAAAGAAUAAAUUAUUAAGUUUA